GCCGCGCGCAUGCGCAGUGUGUCCCGCCGCUGGGAGCGCCUGCGCGGCGCCGCGCCGGCCCUUCCGCCGUGUACCGGGCCCCUGGGGCCGUGUCGCGACAGGCGGGCCCGUGUCGCGUCCACCCCCUCCCCCCCCCCUCCCCCCCCCAACGCGUGAGCCAUGCCGGCGGCCGCCGCCGCGCCGCUGAUCAGCUGCGUGCAGAAGCUGGUGCUGUACGAGACCAGGGCUAGGUAUUUUCUUGUUGGAAGUAAUCCUGCAGAAACCAAGUACCGUGUUUUGAAAAUAGAUCGCACUGAACCAAAGGAUUUGGUUAUAAUUGAUGAUAAGCAUGUGUAUACGCAACAAGAGGUGAGGGAACUUCUUGGACGCUUAGACUUGGGAAACAGAACAAAGAUUGGGCAGAAGGGCUCUUCUGGGUUAUCCCGAGCUGUCUCUGCUUUUGGUGUAGUAGGUUUUGUCAGGUUUUUGGAAGGUUACUAUAUUGUGUUAAUAACUAAAAGAAGAAAAAUGGCAGAUAUUGGAGGUCAUGCAAUAUAUAAAAUAGAAGAUACAAACAUGAUAUACAUUCCAAAUGACUCUGUAAGAGUCACUCAUCCUGAUGAAGCCAGGUAUCUGAGAAUCUUUCAAAAUGUGGACCUUUCUAGCAAUUUCUAUUUUAGUUACAGCUAUGAUCUAUCUCACUCCCUUCAGUAUAAUCUUACUGUUCUGAGAAUGCCACUUGAGAUAUUAAAAACCGAAACAACUCAGACCCGACAAGAGAGUUUUGAUAUAUUUGAAGAUGAAGGACUUUCAGCACAGGGUGGAAGUGGUGUAUUUGGAAUUUGCAGUAAACCUUACGAAAAGUAUGUGUGGAAUGGGAAGCUGCUGGAGGCAGUAAAAAAUACUGUUCAUCGUGACUGGCUGCUGUACAUCAUUCAUGGAUUUUGUGGGCAAUCAAAACUGUUAAUUUAUGGUCGCCCUAUAUAUGUCACUCUGAUAGCCAGAAGAUCAAGCAAAUUUGCUGGAACACGUUUUCUGAAACGAGGAGCAAACUGUGAGGGGGAUGUUGCUAAUGAAGUGGAAACUGAACAAAUCCUUUAUGAUGCAUCGGUUCUGUCAUUUUCAGCGGGGAGUUAUUCUUCCUAUGUUCAGGUUCGAGGAUCUGUCCCUCUGUACUGGUCUCAAGAUAUUUCAACUAUGAUGCCUAAACCACCCAUAACACUUGACCAAGCAGAUCCUUUUGCGCAUGUUGCUGCUCUUCACUUUGACCAAAUGCUUCAAAGAUUCGGCUCUCCCAUUAUUAUUUUGAAUCUUGUGAAGGAACGUGAAAAAAGAAAGCAUGAAAGGAUUCUUAGCGAAGAACUUGUUGCUGCUGUGACAUAUCUCAACCAGUUUUUACCCCCAGAGCAUGCAAUUAUAUAUAUUCCUUGGGAUAUGGCCAAAUACACAAAAAGCAAACUUUGCAAUGUGCUUGAUAGAUUGAAUGUGAUUGCAGAAAGUGUAGUAAAGAAAACUGGAUUUUUUGUGAAUCGACCUGAUUCCUACUGCAGUAUUUUGCGGCCAGAUGAAAAGUGGAAUGAACUGGGAGGUUGUGUUGUUUCCACUGGUCGCUUGCAGACUGGAGUUCUCCGAACCAAUUGUGUGGACUGCUUAGAUCGUACUAACACAGCCCAAUUUAUGGUGGGAAAAUGUGCUUUGGCAUACCAGCUCUACUCAUUGGGACUGAUUGAUAAACCUAAUUUACAGUUUGAUACAGACGCUGUUAGAUUAUUUGAAGAAUUGUACGAAGAUCAUGGAGACACACUUUCUCUGCAAUAUGGAGGUUCUCAGCUUGUCCACAGAGUAAAAACCUAUAGAAAGAUAGCUCCAUGGACUCAGCAUUCCAAAGACAUUAUGCAGACACUCUCAAGAUAUUAUAGUAAUGCUUUCUCAGAUGCAGACAGGCAAGACUCUAUCAAUCUGUUUCUGGGAGUAUUCAAGCCUACGGAAGGGAAGCCUCAUCUCUGGGAACUACCUACUGAUUUUUAUUUGCAUCACAAGAACACCCUCGGUCUGUCCCAGACCAGGCGAAGCUAUACUUACUGGUGGACCACUGAUGUGCUGAAGCAUUUACCUCUUCCUUUUGAUGAAGUGACAUGUGCUGAAAACAGACGCAAGUUGACAGUGAAAAAAUUCCACAAGUACGAAGAGGAAAUUGAUAUCCAUAAUGAGUUUUUUCGGCCAUAUGAGUUGAGCAGUUUCGAUGAGACCUUCUGCUUGGCAAUGACUAAUUCUACACGCGAUUUUAUGCCUAAGAAUAUGGGGAUUGAUCCAAGCCCAUUUACUGUUCGUAAACCCGAUGAAACUGGAAAAUCAGUGCUGGGGAACAAAAGUAAUAGAGAAGAAACUGUGCUGCAGCGCAAAACUGCUGCUAGUGCUCCGCCACCCCCAAGUGAGGAGGCAGUGUCAAGUAGUUCUGAAGAUGAUUCUGGGACAGACAAAGAAGAUGAAGGAGCUGUUUCUCAGCGUUCUACUCCAGUAAAGGUGACUGAUACAGGAGAUAACACAAAAAUCACAGAGAAUGUAGUUCAGUCCACCAAAGAUGUGUAUGGAGUUAAUCUUUCAGAUGUUCCUUCAGAAGAUGAUCUCAAAAUAUACACAAGAUUUGUUCAGCUGGGACAGAGUCAACAUAAACCAGACAAGAGCAGCCAGCAAUUUUGCUCAAAACUCCAUUUGGAUAGAGUUAUAAAUUUAAUACCAAUCUCCUCCUUUUCACAAGAUAAUAUUUACGAAGUCCAGCCUCCAAGAGCUGAUAGGAAAUCAAUAGAGAUUUUUCAUGCGCACAUUCAGGCUGGAAAAGGAAACAUGCAGCCACUGGGAAAAGAAGACUUCCUCAUGUACAGAGAGUACAUUCGAAAUAGAUACCUCUAAAUACAAGCUGGAUUCUCAUGUGAAGUCUACAGUACUGAUAGGUCAUAAAAAAUAAUUUUAGAAAGGAAAUCUAGUUUUGUUAUUUUGCAAUAAUAAAUUUAUUUAUCUAACAAUUCUAUCUAUUAUGGUUUGCUGUUGCACGUUUAUGGUAUCAUGCUUUACAGGAGAAAGUGAUUUAAUAUCUGCUCUUCAGCUGGAAGAGAAAAGUGUUAUUUUAAGAGAUUAAGUGAAUAAUUUGAGCACCUGUAAUAACGGACAGGUAUGUAGUGAUUUAUGGCGAAGAAAAUACUGUGUCUUUAGGUUUUUAUAUUACUUACAUUCUUAUGCUUGCUAGCAAAAUGAAAUGAUUUGUACAUAAGAAUCAGAAUAGAAUAUUUUUCUUCCUCUUUGUUCUAUGACAACAAUCUUUUUUACAAUCAAAUGUUUUCUGAUAUUUCUUGAGAUUUUUAGCAAAUUGAAUGCCCAAAUGACUGCUUGCACUUUGCUGCUUUCUUAAACAAAAGAAAAAAAAAAGUGUGGUUUAUGUAAAAAUCAAAAUUUGCAUCUAGACUAACAUUAUAACUCUAAUCUGUGUCAAAUUAACUUCACUGGUUCUAGUAGCUACAAAAUCUGUGAUACAUGCAGGGUGAAAAUAGCUCAUGAAUAAUUAUUGUGGGUUUCUAGUAGGCCACUGAGGUGAACCACUCACUGACUACAUUGUAAAUGAGGGAGCACUCUUGGCUUUAGAGUCUUGGAGGGUACAGGACCAUUUUGCUGUAUGACAGGCAUUACCCUUUUUGCAGCAUAUUCUUUCCAUCCGCAUAUUUGUCCUCCUGUAAGACGCUUCCAGAUAUAAGCCUACAGCCUCCCAACAACUCAGUGUCACUAAGUGGUGUAGAGAGACUGGAUCAGCUGGGACAGUCAUGCAAGAGAAAGCAGUAGUUGGGCUUAGGGAAGACUGAACAUCAUGUCCAGUGCUAUGUAAGAAGUGGAGAGGCAUCAGGUGUUUGAAGUAGAUUGUUUAAUUUGGUCUUGUGGUCAAAACAUUUUCUCAAAUAAGAAAUAAAACACACACACAUACAAAAACCUAUGACUUGUAAUUACAAGCUAAAAUUCCCAACACUGCUUUCUAGCCCUUUGCCUUGAAGAACACUGACAGCGACAACAGCAUCCUUGAUAGGUUAUGUUAUUCCACGUGUUUGUACAGGCCAUAUUUCAGAAUUUUCUGGACUAACUCUGAAUAACUUACUCUGGGAAUGUCAGCCAACUGCAUGUACUAGAUGUAGAGUACACGUUUGUGUUCACAGUAAGUCGCUUGCAGGCAGCUACUCCAGAUUUUUGGCUGCAUGCUGCAAACAUAUUCUGCAUAUGUUUGCAUAUCUCAUGCAGUCAGUAGCAUUUUUGUCAGUAAUUCAGCAAAAAAAGAGAUGCAGUGAACAAAAAUAUUCGAGUUUCUUGUGGGGUCUGUGUGUUUCAGGAAAUGAUUUGUAUGCGGACAGUUAGAGAAUGUGGUACCUCAAGCUACCAAAAAAUGUUGGUGUCCAUUCUCUUUUGUUAAUUGAUUAAUAUUGUUUUGAGAGAAAUUAAGGUAUUUUUGCAGGUACAGGAAUGAAAGCACACUUCAGCUAAGACUUCAUUGCAACUGGCAACCUCUUUCCUCUGGAGAAACAAAAACAAAAACACAGCACAACUGUAACAAACUCUCCUGUCCAUUAUGAAUAAAUGUUUCCUUUGGAAAAAUGUAGAGCUGGAGUCCUUAUCCUAACAAAACACAUAGAUGCUUUUCUUACUGCACUUAAGCUAUUUCCAAGGAUGUUUUAUAGAUGACCACAUUCCUUAUACUUUUGUUGCUCGUAGAUACUGGAAUUUCAUAAAAGCUGUCCUUGACAGUGUACCACUUAACCACAGAUAGGUGAAAGAUGCAUCCUUUUUCAACAGCUAAAGUUGCUGCAAAAUACAGGAAUAGUAAUAAUUUUACAGCUCUAAGAGAAAAUAUGUUCAGGCUUUAGCAAUUCAAACACUGAUUAGCAAAAGAGGAUUGAAGGGUUUUGGUUUUACAAUUUUGAGAGAUUAAUGGCAUCUCAGUCCAUUAUCUGUGUCUUUUCAGUGUCUUUUUGUGCCAUAACAGUCCUAUAGCAGCAUGCCCUUGAAUCUUUUAGGAUAUAUAGCUGCUUCUUGUUUCUCCUUCCAGUUAGAAAAGAUUUUAAAAAGAAACAAACACAAAAACACUAAUUUUCACUGUGUUUUAAGCCAUGUUCAUUACUUCAUAUGAUAAAAUGAUUGGGCAUUAAUUUUCAGGUGCUUGCUUGUGUGGUCUACCACAAGUGUACUGCAGCUGCUAAGAACACUUCAGGGUGCUGAUGUCAACUAUUUACUGGGCUUGUUUAAAAAAAUGAAACAACACACAAACAAGGACUCCUAGGUUAACACUGAUUGAAUUACAAAUUUCAACUGUCUGAAUAUAUCUGCAGCCUAAUGUAUGUAAAGCAUUAAUUUAAAAGGCGAAUAUGUUCAUUGCCCACCCAAGUUCAGUUGCACAAAGGAUUCCAGAGAUGCUGGUGUGCAUGUACUUACUUUAUUCUGUUCUUGUGAUAUAAAGUUCCAGUUGUCAGCUAUGUGAGAAGUUCUCAAUCUGUUUACCCUUCAGAAGCUGAGGAAGGGGUGUGCAAAGUAAUAAAUACCUUUGUUUAUAACACAAAAAAUGGGCUGUGUUGGCAAUGAAGACUAAUAAGGUGCUUUUUUGACUCUUAAGUGCUAAUGAUCUUUAACAUCGUAAUGUUAUAAAUCCAUAUGGACAAGAGAAAUAUCUCUCAGAGAAACGUGUGUUUUUUCCUCCAAAAUUUAUUUCAUUUGUUUCGGUGUGUUUGAAGACUACAUUGAAAUAAAAUACCAAGAUGUACACAUUU